GAUCAUUAAAUGCACUCUUGAUGGUGCGAAGCACGUCUCUUAAAGAAUAUGAACAUGUAAUAAUAAUGGCAUUGUAGUCGGAUUUGGAACUUGGAAAAAAGCACUGAGGACGGCUCGUCCUCUUCCUCGGUUCUGUUUCUUAUCUUCAAGGCUUUUCCUGCUAAGAGGCUUUCUGAACCCAGGGAACCCAGGAUUCAUUGUAUUGAGUCAGAAAGAACAGUUUGAUUUAUGGAUGAAAAUGAGAGAAAACAUUGGGGUUUAGUUAUCUGGGAAGAAGAUUUUUCUGCGUCAUUUUUUGAGUUAUUUUUCUCUCGCUUUCCAGUGGUCUGGUGAAGGGAACUAAGGGAAGGCUUUUGGCUUUGGUUGUAGGGUUAGGGCAAAACAAAGAUAAGGUACAGCGGCUAUGGAGACUCUGUCUCCAUCUUCUUCUUCUGUUUCAGCUCGCCGUGAGGCGUCUACCUUUGAUGAAUUCUCUAUGCAGCAAAGCUUGCUCUUCACGGAUAGCCUCAAGGAUUUGAAGAACUUGCGGUCACAACUGUACUCUGCAGCAGAAUAUUUUGAAUUUUCUUACAGUAACGAUGAGCAAAAACAGAUAGUAAUGAAUACAUUGAAAGACUAUGCUGUUAAAGCUCUUGUUAAUACUGUGGAUCACUUGGGCUCAGUCUCUUAUAAGGUCAAUGGCCUCUUCGAUGAAAAGGUCGAUGAGGUUUCCGGAGCUGAACUUCGCUUAUCUUGCAUCGAACAGAGAAUUCGAACAUGCCAAGAGCACAUUGAUCUUGAAGGGCGAGCUCAACAGUCUCUAGUAAUUGCUGCUCCACGAUUCCAUAAACGGUAUAUAAUACCAGAAGGUGAACCACUGCCUGAAUCAGGCUGGAAAGCUACAGCUGUGAAUCAAGAGCGCAAGGGGGAUCUGGAAUCUCAAGAGUUCUGCGCUGGCAUUUACUCCACUUUGAGAGACAGACCUCCUUCAUUCAGAAAUUUACGUUUCUCAUCGCCUUCUCCCACCACACGUGCGCGCUCUGAAUCACCUCGGAAAGGGCGAUCACCCUCACCUUCUCCGCGACCUGGAAAAUUCUCAACCGAUAAAAGAGCAGUCUCACCCUUGCCAGCUACAAAUCCAUUUAGGCGCUCUGGUUCAAUUUCAGUUAGGCCAACUAUUCUAAACUCAUCGAGUAGUGUGCGACGGCUUCCUGUCGAGGCUCACAAGUCAUUCUCAAUGAAAUUGCAUGCUGAGAGAAAUGAAAAUAAGGAGAGUGAGCGACUUCCAAGCAAAAGCAAAAGCUUCCUAAAAACCCUUCUUACUAAGCGCAGAUCAAAGAAAGACGAGAUGCUGUACAGCUUUAUAGAUGAAUAUUGAUGCAGUUUACAUCUAAUAUUGCAUUUAUAUUUGCCUUGCUUUGCUUUCACUUAUUCAAUUUAUCUCUACAGAAAAGGUGGCAUAUAAAGGUUAUAUUACA